AUGAAGUUCUCCGCUUUCGUCCUCGCCGCCGCUGGCAUUGUCGCCGCCGCCCCCGGCACUCAGCUCGUCCAGCGCAACUACUCUCCUCUCACCCCUCGCUCGUCUCGCUCCCGCUACAACUCUUCUCCCAUUAAGAGACUCUCCACCGAGGCCGUUGAGACCCUUGAGAAGACCUCCGGUGUCAAGAACGUCGACUACUCCAGCAACUGGGCCGGUGCCGUCAAGAUCGGAACCGGAUACAACCACGUCACCGGUACCAUCACCGUUCCCGAGGUCAGCGGCUCCAGCGGCGCCGCCGCCUCCGCCUGGGUCGGUAUCGACGGCGACACCUGCCAGACCGCCAUCCUCCAGACCGGUAUCUCCUUCUACGCCGACGGCACCUUUGACGCCUGGUACGAGUGGAUCCCCGACUACGCCUACAGCUUCUCCGGCUUCUCCGUCUCCGUCGGCGACCAGAUCAAGAUGACCGUCGACGCCUCCUCCAAGACCAAGGGUGUCGCCACUCUCCAGAACCUCACCACCGGCAAGACCGUCACCCAUACCUUCACCAGCACCCCCUCCUCCCUCUGCGAGACCAACGCCGAGUGGAUCGUCGAGGCCUUCGAGGAGAACGGCAGCCAGGUCACCCUCGCUGACUUCGGCACCGUCGUCUUCACCGGCGCCGCCGCCUCCGGUUCUAGCGGCUCCACCACCCCUGCCGGUGCUGAUAUCAUUGAUAUUUCCCCCAACAGCGGCCGCACCAUCGAGGCCUCUGCCUCCGUCAGCGGCAGCACCGUCACCGUCAAGUACGUCGGCUAA